AGUCAGUAAGCCAACUGAUUUGUUGAGUCAACUACUUCAUAUUGGGAAAUAUCUCAUUCGAAUAAUAGAUACAUAUAAUCAUGAUCUUCACGGUGGUAUUGAUCGUCGCUUUUAUAUUAUUCUACCUAUAUAACACAAGAGACUUCAACUAUUGGAAGGAAAGGGGAGUGAAACAUGACGAACCAAUGCUGCUCUUUGGUACAAACGCAAAGAAUUAUCUGCUGCAGAAAAGCUACACCGAAAUGCUAGUGGAGACGUACUGGAAGUAUCCGAAGGAAAAGGUCGUUGGCAUCUUCAGAUCAUCAUCUCCAGGGUUAGUUAUCAGAGAUGCAAACUUUGUAAAGCGAAUUUUGACGACCGACUUUGCGUAUUUUCAUAUGCGGGGAUUAAAUCAGCAUCCGGAGGUAUUUGAGCCAUUGUUCAGGAAUAUAUUCUUUGCUGAAGGUGAUGUCUGGAGGUUGUUGAGGCAACGUAUGACUCCUGCUUUUACGAGUGGCAAGUUACGUGCUAUGUUUCCACUCAUAGUAAGUCGCGCUGAAAGGUUGCAAGCAUAUACAGCCGCUGCAGCAGCCGCUGGCCGCACACUCGACGCCCGCGACCUCAUGGCACGAUACACUACGGACUUCAUCGGUGCCUGUGGCUUUGGCUUAGACACAGACUCACUGAAUGAUGAAAGUUCAGCCUUCAGAAAACUCGGCGCCAACAUUUUCAAUUUCAGAUUUAGAGAUAUCCUUACACUAUAUUUGAAGGAUAUGUUCCCUGAAAUUUUCAAGAACUUCAAGAUAAUGGGCCAAGUUGAAGACGAGAUAAUAUCUUUGGUAAAAGCAAUCAUGAAGGAAAGAAAUUAUCAACCAGCGGGCAGAAAUGAUUUUAUAGAUCUAUUACUCGAGUGUAAGAGUAAGGGUUUGAUGAAAGGCGAGUCUAUGACAAAAGUGAAAGAUGAUGGGACUCCUGAGAUGGCUUCAAUGGAAUUGGACGAUGUUACAAUGGCUGCACAGGUGUUCAUAUUCUUUGUGGCAGGCUUUGAAACGUCUUCUUCGGCUACCAGUUUCACGUUACACCAACUGGCUUACCAUCCAGAAAUACAAAAGAAAGUGCAAGAUGAAAUUGAUAGAGUUUUGUUAAAACACAACAAUAAACUCAACUAUGAUGCCAUAAAAGAAAUGACGUAUUUGGAUUGGACUUUCAAAGAAGGCAUGAGGAUGUUCCCUUCACUAGGAUAUUUGCUCAGAAAGUGUGCCCGACAGUACACAUUCCCGGAUACGAAUAUUACUAUUGAUGCUGGAAUUCGUGUGUUCAUACCAGUACAGGCAAUGCAAAUGGAUCCACUGUAUUUUGACAACCCUGAAGAGUUCCGCCCUGAGCGAUUUGACCCGGAAGUAUUCGACAGCUCCUUGAAAUAUGUCUUCUUACCCUUCGGCACUGGACCACGAGCGUGUAUCGGAGAACGAAUGGGUCAAAUGCAGUCGUUGGCUGGGUUGGCAGCGGUCCUAUCACGGUUUACGGUUCGGCCUGCGCCGGAGUCGGUGCGACAGCCAAGUGUGAUGCCUGCCUCAGGAGUAAUCCAAAUAAUACGCGGAGGAGUGCCGUUACUGUUUGAAGAGAGAAAGAUGACGGCAUGAUUUGUAAAUUUAUCUAUCAUCAAUUUUUAAUACACUAACUAAAUGGAGGAAAGGCAUCACUCGACUUCUCAAGAGAUGGCACUACUAGUAGAGCACUAAAUAAUAUGGAAAGCCUACAUCGCGCUUUAGAAAUUCGGAGGCUAACACUUCAUAUAUACAGUGCCCGACCAAAAUAAGUCGGACUGCAGUCUCCAAGCUAACAUCACCCAGCUCGGUGGAAGAUCUUCUUCUUUGGCCUUCCUACAAAUUCUCUUAAAUCUCAGCGCCAUUAUGGCAUAUCGCUGCAAGUAGUUCCUUGUAAGCAAUUAGAAUUUAGAAAGUUAAAACAUGAAAAAUGUUUUGCUGAAUAAGUAUUUAUUUUAAUCUUAAGAUUUUUGUACAUUAUAUUAAUGAUUUAACCGUUAACAGUAUUAGUGAGAUUAUUAAUAAAUAAGUUU